AAAAAAAUCCCCCAAGCAAAUCAAUCUCUCCAGAGAGCAACGUCAAAAACUUGAUUCUUCCCUAGCAACCAAAUACAAACGAAUACACUAAUUAAUUAUUAAUUUGUUUGGCCAAAAGAAAUUUCAGCGACUGCCAAAAAAUUAAUACUUAGCUUUCUAAAGUUUAGGAAUACAAGGACCGGUGUUUAUGUCAUCGGUGUAAAACCAAAUUAUCUACAAUAACAAACUGCACAUGGCUUUCUAUGUUCUUUCGCAAUGAGUAACUUUCACUUUGAACGCCUUAUACAAGCAGCUCAGAAGGGAAAUUUACAAUAUUUUCUUGACUAUAUUGAUAGCUUUCAGGAAACUUGGUUGAUCAAGAAAUGUAACAAAGCAGGGGACAACAUUAUUCAUUUAAUUGCUCGUUUCGGGCGUCUAAAUAUUCUAAAGUUUAUUAGCCAAGAACUUCUCAAUCGCCAUCUAGAAUGGACCUUAAACACUAAAAUUGUGUUCGAAUCCAUCAAUAAUGACCGUAAAACACCGUUACACGAAGCUUCUCAAGCCAACCAAAUAGAAUGUGUACAGUUCUUGCUCAGUUUAUCUCUUAACGUGGACAGUAUGAAAAAAGGAGAUUGGACACCAUUAAUGUUAGCUGCCGCUAAAGGAAACAAAGAAGUAAUCAAGAUUCUUUUAGAAAAUGGUGCCAACCCAGCAUUGGUCAACAAAGAUGGGUGGAAUUCUUUUCACAUUGCCGUUAGAGAGGGCAAUUUAGAUAUUGUUGAAAUUUUACUCAACAACAACCCUUCUAUAUGGAAAGUUUCCAGUAAAAAUCAACGCACACCUUUACAUACUGCAGCACUUCAUGGUUGUAAAGAAGUCACACAAUGGUUGCUGUCUGACUGCUGUCAUCCAGUUGACGUAAGAGACGCAUGUGGAACGACCCCGUUGAUGGAUGCCAUUCGUAAUGGUCAUACAGAUGUGGCCGAGAUAAUGAUAAAGGAGUUUCAGGCUGACAUAAAUCAACAUGAUAAACUUGGCUAUCAACUGCUGCACAUCGCUGCACACAGUGGAAAGUUGCAGUCUGUUGCUUACUUGCUGAAUGAACUACAUGUGGAUCCCAUGCCAGCUUCCCACAAGAAAGUCACUCCUCUUCAUUUGGCAGCAAAGGAAGGGCACCUGGAAGUUAUCAAAUACUUGAUAUCACAUGGAGCUGAUAGAAAUACCACUGAUGAUAUGGGAAGGAAACCUUUGGACAUGGUUUCUGUUAACAACCAUAAAUGCUGUAUGGAUAUACUUCAAAAUAGAACUGCUAAUGCUACAGAGAAUAACAAUAGUUUGGGCUGAAAUUUGAAAGUGUUGGUAAUUUUUCCAGCUUGGAAAGUAUUUAACUGCAGCAAUUACAGAUCCAGUCCCCAAAGAAAGAAAGAAAAAAUUAUUAAUGCUUGUGACAUUUGUGAAAUGUUUUAAAAUAUUCACCUCCAUUUGCCAUAACUCACUGUAUUGUAUUUACUUGGACUGGAUUUUCACAGCUUGGAUAGAUAAGGUACUGUAUGUUUAACAUCCAUUUUUCCAUGCUGGCAUGGGUUGGACUGGUAUUUAUUUGAGGCAAUAUUUUACAGUUUGGUGCUUUCCAACCUUUAGUUGGUUUGGAGUAAGGGGAUUUUUAUAUUUUGCUAAAUUUCAAAAGUGCAAACAGUCUCAUGGAAAUAAAGUGAACUGACAACACUCACGCACACACAGAAUAGGCUUCCAUACAGUUUCCAGUUACCACUUCCACUCAUGCACACACACAUCAAUGGCUUUAAUCAGCUCUUUGGCAACCUGUAAUGUAUCUAAUUCCUCAAUCACAGGCAGGUAUUCUGAGAAGAGUUAUGUCUUUCAGUGGUAGUUUUACUCUUGUUUUUAUAUAAAAUAUAUGUAAUAUCAUCAUCAUGACUUCUAACAUUCACUUUUCCAUGGUUACAUGAGUCAGACAAUAUACUUGAUACAGAUUUUGCUUUCAUCCUUUUGGGGUCGAUAAAUUAAGUACCUAUUUCUUUACUACCCACAAGGUGCUAAACACAGAGAGGACAAGCAAGGACAGACAAACGGAUUAAGUCGAUUACAUCGACCCC